GCGGAGGAGUGACGUCGGUGCGCUGGCAAGCUUCCGUACCUGCCUUGCCUGCCUCGGAACAACACCUGUGCCUACUUACAUAUCCCUGCACUCUCGAUCAUCUUCUUCACACCUUUGCAUCUCUUUCGACUAGCUCGUAAUCUCUCACCCUCCUCAUCAAAUCCGUCAGAAUGUCCUCCGACUCCUUCGCCGCCCUCCGAAAAGGCCUCGGGCCCGAACUGGGCGCAUUAGCAGAGGAGCAUAUGAAACACGACCCCAGCCUCCAGCAAUCCGACCGCGAUGCUCUACGAAGCGCCGCCUCCACCCUCAGCACCCACGUCAGCAUCGGCUCCGUCCUCGGCCUCUCCCUCGCAGUCUUCGCCGCCUACCGCCUGCGCUCCGCCCGGAGAGCCAUGUUCAACACCUUCCGCGCCAGCGAGCAGCCCACUGCCGUCAAGUUCGCCAAUGGAAGGGAAGAGGUCCUGCCCGAUUUGACCAAAGUCAUGCGCCCGAGUACGCUGGGCGACGUGGCCACAUACACCCUGUUGGGUUUCGGAGGAUUGUUCUUGGGUGGGGAGACGGGAGUGUUGACCGGAACAUUAAGCGCGAGGAGAACGAUUGGUGCCGAUCGGGAGAGUCGGGAGAGGAUUGAGAAGGCGUUCAAGCGGUUCCGAGCGGAUGUUCUACGAAAACAGGCCGAUGCCUUGGAUCAACAGCAGGGCUCGUGGCUAUGAGAGCAUAAUUUAGUGAAAGCGAAAUGAUGGGUCAUUCCUCACUCACUCUGUAUAUUCAUUCGAGUUGCACGUGCCAAUGCCGUGUCAGCUACUGUAUAAAAGAUUCCAAGGAAGACCACUUCUUUCCCAGACAUUCAAACUCGUGUUUCUUCGUUACAGCU